CUCCUCGCACACUUCAUAAUCUUCCCUCAACAUGCCGCCAAGGAAAUCUGGCUCGACGAGUGCCUCCACAUCGGCCUCGUCUCGCAAGACGACUUCCUCCAUCUCCUCUGCAUUCAGAGCCACUGGGUCAAAGUCGGCCUCAUCCCCCUUCUCAGCUCCCGGAAGCAAACCCGGCUCUCGCUCCUCGUCGCUGACCAAGCCCUCGUUGAAGGACUCGGCAGCAGCACCUCGAUCAUCCAGUGUCAUUGUAGAGAGGAGUGCUUCCCCGGAGAAGAAGGAGGAGAGGCCGCUGAGUAAAAAGGAGGAAGACGAGGCGAGGGAUCUGCCUGAUUUGGAUGUGGAUGAUAGGAGCUACAAUGGUAUUUGGAAGGUGGUGCAGCAAGAGAAGUUGGGAAAAGUGGGAGCUAUCCAUGCCGCUGGCCAAAACAAGAUCCACCACAUCCUGCGCACCUUUGACCUAGACCCAGCCUAUGGCCCCUGUCUUGGACUCACACGGCUGGAGCGAUGGACCAGGGCGAAAGAGUUGGGCGAGGAGCCGCCGGUGGAGGUGUAUGAGAUUCUCAACACAAAAGAGGGGAGGCUGAGGGCAGAGUAUAGGGAGAAUUGUCUGGCCGGUACGGGGAUCUGAGCGGGAGAAGUGGGCAGUGCAACGAUUCGGUGAUGAUAGGGCCUAUUGGCGUGCCGACCGCCCACCGCAAGUUGUCGUCUUGUCCUCGCUUCUCGUAUGCUCGCUCCGCUGAUGUAUGUUGUCAUCUUGGCUCUCCAGGUGUCUCGCGACGCCAUGUUCCGCUCUUCUCAUUCGUCGCCUUUCCCAAGUACAAUUGUGUCCAUACCAAAGAGGAUCUCACUC